CGCAUUCGUUUGCUCGCAGUUGGUUCAACUCUCGCAAACCGAACGGACGUGUGUGCACUGUCCCGUACGUGACCGCGUCGAAUUGUUUUGUUUUAAAUUCUAACAGCUCAAAUUAUGUUAGCAUUGUCGAAAGCGAACAAAUAAAUCAACCUAAACGAUACUUGCCGGUGAUAGCGAGUUUUUUUUUCGUGAGGAAAAAAAACGUUCCGCUUUUCUACGCACUCCUGGAGCUAAUUGUUGUGCUGCAUCAUUUUUUUCUGGGCCGUUUGACGUCGUGUGUGCUGUUGCUUCUGCCGUGUUGUUUGAAACCGCGUUCCUGCCGGAAAAAAAGAAUUCCAGCAAGGUGUGUGCUAGGAAGCGCGCUGACCAUCGUGUGCGUGUGUGAGAGCUUGUGUGUGCUUCUUCCCUUGCGCUUGUGCGAAGUGCGUAAAAGUGAUCUGAUCUUGCACGGUUGAAAAGCAAAAAAAAAGUAGUGUACAGCACCCACCAUCCAGCACAGCUGGAAAAAAGGUAGAAAAAUCCAAUCCAAAGCAGGGUGAAAGUUUCCCGAAAAAAAAGAUCACUUCGGGCUUUCUUACGUGCGUGUGUGUGUGUGUGUGCAUCCAAAACCCACUCGGUGUGUGAGUGCGUGGUGGGUCAAUUUUCCGUCAGUGAAAUAAAUAUUGAAUUGUGCCCCGGCACUACAAAAGCCAGUCGCAGCACCCAUUGCCAGAGCAGCACUGCUUUGAUCGGAUCAAUAUCACACGUAGCAGCCAAGCAAGCAGCCCGAAUAUUCAGGUGUGCCCCUAGAGCCGCAUCAUCCGUGACAGAAGAUCAUCGAUUUGUGUGCUUGUGUGCGGAAAGGAUCUUCACGCGACUGUCAAAAUGAAUAAAUCCUGUGCCCGGUGCCAGAAGGUGGUCUACCCGAUCGAGGAGCUGAAAUGUUUGGACAAGACCUGGCACAAGACGUGCUUCAAAUGUCACGAGUGUGGCAUGACGCUGAACAUGAAGACGUACAAAGGAUUCAACAAACUGCCCUACUGUGAAGCACAUAUUCCUAAAGCCAAAGCUACGACGAUCGCGGAGACACCGGAGUUCAAGCGUAUCGCGGAAAAUACCAAAAUCCAAUCGAACGUCAAAUAUCACGCCGACUUCGAGAAGCUGAAAGGAAAAGUAACGCAGGUUGCCGACGAUCCGGAAACGCUACGAAUCAAGCAAAACACGAAAAACAUCUCCAACGUCGCGUACCAUGGCGAUCUGCAGAAGAAAGCAGCGAUGGAACGACAGCGAGAGUGCACGGAAAUCAUCGACAGUAAAGACAACAACGAUCUAGAAUCGGAGUACUUUUCGGAGCAACUGGCUGCCGAAUCGCUGCCCCAUUAUCAGCCACCACCACCCCCGCCGGUCGUGGCACCGACGUCCGCUCCAGCAUCACAGCAGGUCAAUAACAAUGGUGGGAUGGCGGUCGGGCCGACCAACACCACCUCCCAGCAGGCACAGAUUAUCUCCACCGCCAACAUUACCAAACACAACCAGGCGAACAGCUACCAAGCAUCGCUUCAGCAGCAGCAGCAGCAGCAGUAUCAGCAGAUGAACAACAACAACAAGCAGGGCGGUGGCUAUCCACAUCCUCAGCAACAACAGCAAGGAGGAUAUGCUGCUGGUACGACGGCAUAUCAUCAGCAUGCCACCAAUGCGAACGGCGCUGGUUCGCUCGGUAAUGCUGAGCAUGUGCGCCACUCGGUGCUGCAAAACUCGGCCACACCGUCCGGUGGUGGUGGUGGAGGUGCGGCAACGCAGAAGUACUACGAUCCGUACGAUAAUUAUGCCCGCCCCAAUCCGGCCGCCAAUCAGGUGAACAACAACGGUACUGCUGGUGCACAUAUGGGCAACAACAACCAUCACUAUCAUCACAGUCAGCAGCAGCAGCAGCAGCAGCAGCAGCAACAUAUGCAGCAGCAGCAGCACCAUCAUCAGCAACACCACGGUGCUAUGAUGGAUCAGCAGCGUGCGAACGGAUCAGCGGCAGCCUAUCAUCAGCAGCAGCAGCAGCAACAUAUGCAACACCAGCAGCAUCACCAUCAGCAGUCGGCGGCAGGAAUGGUUGAUCCGUAUGCUCAGCAGCAGCAGCAGCAGCAGCAGCAACGCUACAGUGCCAACAGUAACAGUCAGUACGGUGGAGCGAUGCACGCUCAGCAACAGCAGCACAUGUACCAGUACAACAACGGUAACAUGAACAAUGGUGCAGCAGCAGCAGCAGCCGGUGCCGGUGGAAUUGGCAAAAUUGCUGACUACGAUCCGCUCACGGACGGGCCACGAAAUGUGCCGCAACCGAAUCGCCAGAGCGCAACGCUGAUCUACAGCUCCGGCAAUAUGUCAGCGAACAACAAUCGACGAAUCGGUUCGGUUAACGAUAUCGAUCCGGUGAACGGUUACUAUGGCUCGGUGGCGGACAACUCGCAGGCAGCUUUGUAUCAGCAGCAGCAGCAGCAGCAGCAACUGUAUCAGCAGCAGCAGCAGCAGCAGCAGCAACACCGACAAUCCCAGCAACAGCAACCGCAGUACAUUCAACCACCCCAGCAGUACGCUGCACCUGCUUCGAAUGCAACGGGCAAAUCGAUGAGCAAAGUGCGCGUCUACCGUGCCCUGUACGAUUACGAGGCGCAGGAUAGUGAUGAGGUCGGGUUCAGCGAGGGCGAUCUGAUCAUCGAGGUGAACUCGAUCGAUGCUGGCUGGAUGACGGGACGCGUCGAACGUACCGGCCUUACCGGCAUGCUGCCGGCCAACUAUGUCGAGCUGAUGAAGAUAUAAAUUCAAACUACCUUCCCACUGGUUUCUGGCCGGGUGGUCCACCUGUUUUACCUGUGACGCGUCGUUGGUUGUUGGUGUCUCCGGGGAUCAGCGUUUUGGCCUUCUGAAAUGCCCAUUUUGGUACGUGUAGUGAGGAACAAACCAAUUCAACUGUUGUAUUCGUCACGCGAAAUGUAUUGGUAUGGUGGCAGUGCGCGAUCGCGCUACUUUACUGAUCGUUGUUUCAGAGAACCCCAGCAAGGUGCGCGCCCGGUAGCGUUGGUUUUUUUUUUAAUUUAAUUUCUUUUUUGUUAUCUUUUUUUAGUUAUCAUUAUUAUUAAUCUUAUUGUAAUAAUUAUUAUUUUAAAUUUGCGAUUGUUGCGCUAACUCGCUCUAAAACCCCCCCCCCCCCCCCCCCUAAUCCCCAAUUAGCGGGUAGCGCGGUGAACAGUGAAGUAAGGGAACAAGCGAGAGUUAUAGAGGAACCUUUCUUUUGGAAUACAUCAUUUAGUGUAUUUGUUUUUGCGAGUUUUGGGAAGUUUUUUUUAAGUCGACGGUGUGUAAUACGGUAGCACACAUAUAACACACUACUACUGAUAGGGUGCCUGGUCUUGUCUGGUGGCCGAUCGUCACCGACAAACCUACAACACAAUGUGCUAAUAAGCGAGUGAGUGCGAACAAUCGGUUUUGAUGAAACACAAUUCUACUCGAGUAGCGAAACGGGGGGGGGGAACAAACGGUUUUCUACUAGCAGCUGUACCGCGGUAUUAUGCGAUGCGUACUGUAAUAUUUUUGUAUUUAAAAUACCACUUUUUAAAAACACCAACGUAGUGUUGCUGCAGCGUCGAGUACUGAAGCAAAGGUACUGAGAGGUAGGUAGGAUGUGGCGGCGGCAGCUCUUCUUGGAGUGUGCCCGUGGUAGAGUAGCGGUUUCCUCUCCCCGAAAUUUGAUAGCGAUUCGUGCCUAGAUAUAGAUAGAGUAUGCGUUACAAAACCGUUUAUGCCUUUUGUUUUUUUGCCCGUGUAUAGCCAAACCUCAAGUAAGUGUGGGACAGGAGGUAAACCGGAUGUAGCCUAAACGCGCAGCGCUGUAUACAAGUAACAAUUUAGCGAAUAAUCAAGCUAUACUAGAAGAAGAACUAAAAAAGAUAAUACACACACACACUUUAUAUUACCAUUUACUACUACAGCCAAGCGCCCAUACAUAGAAACCUAAUUCCAAGUGAUGGUGUCUUCUACAAACCAUCCGGAUCAAUUGUAGAACGAAUGAGCUUCCAAUGAGUGUGUUUUUGUGCGGAUUUUCCGAUAAGCUCGAUGAAGAGGUAGGAAGAUGUUAAGGAUUAUCAACAAACCACAUCAACACAACGUGCGCCUUAGUCUCUCAGUAGAAGAGUUGCCUCACACAACCGCCCUUAAAAACCGUACGUGCUUUACCUGUUUUCCUUUCUUUGUGUAUGUUGGUACUAAUAAAACCUCACAGGAACCUUUACCCUACAAAGCGCUGUACGAGCUAGUUAGAAAAGAAAUUCCCCUUUUUCUAAUGAUAUAAACCCAUCACAGCACAUAACCCAGCUCGGUCUGGGCGAAGGAAUGUCGGCAGUGGCAUCGUUGAACUAUUUCAAACUCAAUCACCGCCCCCUUCCCAGCUGUGCACCACUAUCUUUGUUAAAGAACCGAAAAAGGGAAAUAAGUGUUAAGGAAAUGAUGUUAUACAAGUGUUAGCAGAGAGAGAGAGAAAGAAGGGUGCGAAAAAUGCACCACUUUUUUUGGUUUCUUUGUUUGCUGGGUGGGGUGUACGUUUAGUGUAAAAGUGUACUAGGACCACCAGCAGCCUUUAUUACCGAAUGGAGCAACCGAAUGAUUGCAAAUGGCCACUGUAGGAAAAUGGUAGAUAAAGCAUGAAUAAAGCAACUCAAGACGA